UAGCGGUGUCUGUUUAGUUUCGCCAUGUUGGAAUGGAGAGUGGCUGAUCGGUGUCACAGUUUUCUUGUUUUCUAUUCAAAAUCCCAAGAAAAUGGAAGAAACUAAAAUUAUAUAUCACAUAGACGACGAAGCGACACCUUAUCUAGUUAAAUUACCCAUUGCUCCCGAACGUGUAACUCUAUGCGAUUUCAAAAAUGUGCUCAACCGGCCGAACUACAAGUUCUUCUUCAAGUCAAUGGAUGAUGAUUUUGGAGUGGUGAAGGAAGAAAUUAUUGAAGAUGAUGCUCACCUACCUUGUUUUAAUGGCAGAGUUGUAUCCUGGUUGGUCAGUGCAGAAGGGAGCAAUGUAUCCGAUGGGACCUCCCAAUGUACAGAAAGUGCUGAACAUUCAGACGGGAAAAAUCAAACUGAUCGUCCCAAACCAGAACCAUCAUUGCCACCGCUGAAUCUGAUGCCCCCUGCAAGUGCACCAGAAGAUCUAACAUGUACAGAAACAGAAUCCAUAAUAAGCUCCCGACCAGGGCUGCAUACUUUACAUAAAGAACCUGCAAGGCAACUCAUGAAUAAAUAUGAAAAAUAUCAGUAUCACAAUGGAGUUGGUUUAAACGGUCAUUCUAAACACCGAGGGUACGAGUCUUCAAUGCUAAGCUCAGAUAUAGAAACCACAAGUUUUUUAGAAUCUGAUGACGAUGCCUCAAGUCGAAUCACAACAACUACUGGGCGUCAUACAAAUAUCACACUAGAUUCCAGUAGUGUAGCAUCCAGAUGUCCUCAGAAGCGAACGCAGAGAAGGAGGCGACACAGACUGCAGCCUGCAGCAAUGUCACGAACAUCUUCGUUCUCUAGCAUUACUGACUCCACAAUGUCUUUGAAUAUUAUUACUGUCACCCUGAACAUGGAUACAGUGAAUUUCCUAGGUAUAUCGAUAGUUGGCCAAUCAAAUCAAGGUGGAGAUGGAGGAAUUUACGUUGGCUCGAUCAUGAAAGGUGGAGCCGUAGCUUUAGAUGGAAGAAUUGAGCCCGGAGACAUGAUUUUACAAGUAAAUGACAUUAAUUUUGAAGAUUUGUCAAAUGAUGGUGCUGUUCGUGUCCUGAGGGAAGUUGUCCAAAAACCUGGACCUAUCAAAUUAGUCGUAGCCAAAUGUUGGGAUCCAAAUCCAAAAGGUUAUUUUACUAUUCCCCGAACAGAGCCAGUGAGGCCCAUCGAUCCUGGAGCAUGGGUUGCUCACACUGCUGCUAUAAGAGGACUGUGCGAGUAUCAAAAUUUAAAUUCCAAUGAGCUUCAUACAAAUCCCGGAGGAGAGUAUCCUAUAGAACCUCUGAGACCUCCGUCCGUUAGUACACUAACAUCCACUAGUUCAUCCUUAACUUCAAGCAUUGCUGAAACAGAAAAACAUCUAGAGGAUCCAGUAUUAACAGUAGAUACGGAUAUGUUAACAAUAGUCAGAGUUAUGGCCAAACCAAAUUCUGGACUCGAAAUUCGAGAUAGGAUCUGGCUCAAAAUUACUAUACCGAACGCUUUUAUAGGUGCUGAUGUUGUGGACUGGUUAGCAACACAUGUGAAAGGUUUUGCUGAUCGAAGGGAUGCCAGAAAAUACGCAUCACAGAUGUUGAAAGCUGGUUACAUAAAACACACUGUAAACAAAACUACCUUCUCGGAACAAUCUUAUUAUAUAUUCGGAGAUUUCCUGUCAAGCGCUUUAUCUAGUCUAAAAUUGGGCGAUGAGCUGGAUCGAGAUACAGUUGGACCGUUACCGCACCCAGGUGGCUCUCAGUGGGACUCAUCAACGAUGCCGUACGCCAACACUUACCUUCCACAAUCAGUCGCCGGUUACACACCUUUGCCAUUUAAUUAUACGAGUAGUGAUCCAACAUAUGCCUACGCUUGUGAAGAAAGUAUUCACAGUGGAUCAGGAAGUAGCAAUGGCUCAGAGCGAUCCCGUAUUCUCCAAUCAAAUACAGGAGUGAUGAACCCCCCACCCUUACCACAAACUCUGAAAGGGCGAGGUGGAAGCUCUGGUGGAAGUGAGUCAGGAGUUGAAAAAACUGGUGAUCACAGGUCACGGUCGAGUGGGUCUGACUCGAGGUCCUCAGCAGUAACAGCCACAGCAACAAACCCUGAUGACCUCUCUGCCUCAAGGCAGUCGUUUCGAAUGGCCAUGGGAAAUCCUUAUUAUUCCCUAAUAUAGUGUUUAAUGAACUUUUUAACUCAAUUUGUUAAGUUUUGUUAUUAUUACUGUUUUGACAACAGUGUACAAAUGUUGAGUUGUCUAAUUUAAUGAGGAGUUUUGAUCCAAUGUCAGAAACUUGAGAGCAAUAAAGAGUGAGUUUGUUUUCAGAACUCACCUGUAAAUUGGCUUCUUAUUAAGAAAAGCGUUCCUUUUACUGGAGAACACAAAGACGUUUGAAACUCUUCUGCCUCUUUCUCAUCAGUCAUUGAAGUUUCAUUGAGAGGAUUAUUUUUGGCUGUUCUCCAAUUUCCUGCAUACCCCAAGACUCGAUUCAAUUGUAUUCCGAAGUAUCGUUUUCACAAUAUCAAACUUUGAACCAAAGAUGUAAAGUAAGGGAUCAUACUAGAUCCGUAAUCUGUAUUGGAUCAUAAUGGUUCAUGGAACUGUAGUGGUUUUAUCUUUGACCCUUGUAUGGUCAGGAUGUUGGUGACUUUGGCCAUUCCGUGGAUUAAAAAGUCAUCCUUUAAGAUAUUGUUGAUCACAUUGCUUCAGUUUACAAGUGCAAAAAAUUCCAAGGGUUCAUCAGGGAUAUCAAAAGCCAGACUUUUUCCAGAUUGUUGCUAAGUAUCAUGAUAUCGUUGGCCAAAGUGUGAAACCACGUAUCUUUAUUUGCAACGUUGUAGAUUGCCUGUCAUUCUUUAUUUUUCUUCGGAAAACUAAGUCAACAUAAUUUCUUGAAAAUUUCCUUGAUUUUCCUUCUUUGUCAGAGGAAUAUCCUGUACAAAUCUCAAGCUAUGAAGUUGGCCUCUUUCUCUUUGAAAAAGUACAAUUGGAGCUGAAAUUUCGAAACACGGGAAAGGAGGUACAUGGUUUCGCACUUUAGCCAUUGUUAUGAUAUGCACUGUAAAAGCUUUGCAGUUUUCUUUUAAAUUGCUCCCAUUUUUUACUUUUGAGUAAACACAUUACUUAAAUAGUUCAUCUUAUCUUAGCAGCAAAAGUGCCCUUUAAAAUUGUAGCAGACAGCAGACACACCAUUUUGGUCUACGAUAAUACUCCUUGCUGUUAAUUUUCUCCUUCAAUACGUAUUUCUGUUUAGUUGUUGUACUUUGAUUGAAGUACUAACCUCUGUCCUUUUUUCUCCAAAUUUUGUUACGUCCUAGAGAAUAUUUUUCCGAUAAGUAUACGUACUUAAUACUAAUGACUGCUUGUUAAGUUUUCGCUUUGACAGUGUAACUCAUGAAAAUUGUACUAAUUUUCGCUAGAAAUCAUUGUCUCCUCUUCAUUUACUGUAUCGAUAUUCUUGGAGCUUUUGUAUCCAUGCUAUUUCAAUUCUGUUGUAAUACUUCUUUCAUUUAUCUAAGGUAUUGUUGAGACGAUUGACAUUGCACAUUAGCAUGCUUUAAUAUGCUUUGACCCAGAAAAACUAUUACUGAGGCAGCUAUGAGUCUUCUUUUAUAAGAUUUAAUUUUUUUUUCUCCUGGAAGAAUGUAAUCCAUAAAAUUGGAAUAGUGGAGACAAGGUAGCGUUUCAUGAAAUUGAGGAUGAGGGAAUUUUCGCCUGAGGUAAAAAAUCUCUUCUUAUGGGUAAACAGUGUAGUAAAUAGUACCAGUUAGGUAAAAAAUGCCUACCUCGAGGACUCAAUCCAAUAUUUUUUAAACAUAAUGGAUCUGAUUUAACUAAUUUUUGUGAUAGUCUGAACAAAUUUUCAUGCCUGCAUCACGAAGACUUUUGAUAAUAUAUCUCCUAGUUUUUUGGGCCUAAAAAUAUUGCUGUGCCAAAAAUUCCACCAAUCAAGCAAUAUGCAGAAGUGAACUGUUUUUCUUUUUAGAAUAAAUAAUUACGCACUUUAAACUUACGACCGAGGGUAUCAAAGAAACGCAAAAUGUGAUAUACUUCUCAACUGUCCCGUUCCUCCCUGAUGUCUGAUAAUCUUAAGUGAAAUAUUCUUGCCCUUUUAUAUUCAUAAAAAUUCUAUUACUGUGCAAUUUUUAACAUAGUGCCCUGAAAUUACACAACACAUUUUUCUAACCCUACUACUCACCUUUUCUUUUCCACCAACCUCCAUGUUAAUGAGCCGUUAUAUGAACAAAGUGGAGAAUUUCCUCGCUGCUCCCCUCCCCCUUCUGUAUCUGUUUUUUUUUUUUGGAAAGACUGAAAUUUUUUUAGUAUAUUUUUAAGUCUAACUCAAAUUAAUGUCACAUGAAAUUCAAAUCUCGAUGGCUGGCAAACAAUUCAACCCAUCUGCAAACUGACGACUUUAUGGAUGACGAAAAAACUUCGCCAUUUUUUAAUUAAACUUUAAGCUGAAGGAUGAGGCAAAGUUGCAAACUCAUUCUCUUUAAAAUUGUCGGUUAGGCGCUGUUGUCCCUUAAUCAUCGGUCUGAAUCGUAUCAUUCCAAGUGUGUUGUGUGAUUCAUGGGUGCCCUUGCUCAUAGUUAGGCGAAGUGCAACAAAGUUUUUGAUAAUUUUUAAUCCUUACUUCCUCCAUCUUUUGUAAUUUUGUCCGCAAAGUUUUUUUAAAUUUACAAUGGAAGUGUCAAUUUUUCUACAAUUUUGAUAGAAUUCUAAAUAGGUAUAUUUUAACUUAACUUCCUCCUAUCGAUGUCAACUUUGUGUCUCAAAUUUGUAGAAUUUGUACUAACUUGCUUCUAGUUUUCUUUCCUAUUUUUUCUUUUCAUUUACUUGGCUUAUUUUUAAAUUAUAUAGCUUUCUAAUGAUCAUAUUAAAGCCUACAAGGAGAGUAUCAUCUCUUAAUAAAUGUCAUCAUUUAAACAUCAUAAGGAUUACAAUAGUGCAAGUGCCGAAGUGUAUCAUCCGAAAAUAACGGUAUUUGUUUACCCGAUUAUAUAUAACGAGAUUUUCAGGAAGGGUGCCUUGCACAUACUGGAGUGUUCUUAGAUCGCACUGAUGAUUUAUAAAUCUUGUCGGUCCACCUAUGAUAAGUGUUAUUUGAAGUAUAAAAAGUAAACAAAAGGAAGUAAAAAAUUAUCAAAACAAACAUAUCUUUCAAAGACGUUUCUUUAUCCAUAGGUUUUGCUAUGUUCAUUUCUUUUGAUUUAAGAAAUCUUAAACUCCAAGACUGCAAGAAGUCUUCCUGGUUUUAAAUUUCUUUGAGUUUAGUAUUUUUAAUAGCCUUGUAUUGUUUCUUUCAUCUCAUGUUUGUUUUCAGUUGAGUAUGAUCUAUUGGAGCAGAACUUAUAGUCCGUCGCUUCGUUCAUUGCAGCAAGCUUACAACCUACCUUGCUUAUGAUUUGGUGCUUUAUAGCAGGUUUUGACAAGUCAAUAGAUCCGUCCUCGACACUUUGUUAUUUAUCUUGAAUUUUCUUUUCGUCGAUUUUAGUUUUUAUGAUUUACGUAUGACUUCAAUGUGCUAUAAGAUUCGUUACAGGGUAUUUUUUCUUUUCAAUAAUUUAUUUCAUUUUUUUCUCUAUUAGUUUUUAAUUAAAAUUAGAUCAUAUUAGCCUUUCCCACCCUUUUUUUUCAAUAGAAAUGUUUCAAAUAUGAGACUCUAUCAUUAGCUGAUCAAGGAAAAUCAGGCAACUGGAAUUAAUUACUCCUUUUAAAUCAAAAAGAACUAAGAAGAAUCAUGAUCAGCAAUAGUGUCAAACAACUCUUUUUGAGAAAAAUUCAUAGGUUUAUUAUGCAAUUAAGUCUCCGUAAAAAUUGUCUCAACCAGCGUUUUACCUGCUCGAUCAAAAAGUUCACUCCAAGCAAAAGUAUUUAGUCUCAAUACUGCAAUUUUUCUUUCCUUUUUAAUAGUUAGCAAAUCUAGUCUUUAUGAAUGCUAUAUUGUUUUUUCCUCCCGGUCGUUUUUUGGAGUUUUCCGUUUCUCACAACAUAAUUCUAGCAUGACCUUGUGUUAGGAACUUUAUUAGUCUGGGAUUUUAAUGGAACAUUAAAUAUGUAGUUUUUCAGAACUUCAAGUUGUACCAAGUUAUUCACAUUCAAAUAAGACAAAGUUAUGUAGAGCAUAGAUGUUGCGAACUGAACAUUCUUUUUUAAGACUUGUAUUUAUUGUUAUCAGAUGUUUUAGAAUAUCAAAGAAUGUAUCCAGAUUAACUUUCUGAUAUUUAGCCAAGGAACAAGGUCUAUCGACCCAGAUCAGCUUUUAAACCUAGUUGUGUAUGGUAGUUGACGUGUAUUGUCCAGCACACGUUCUCAGAAUCGUGCCUCAGUGUCUUUUAUCGCAAGUUGCUCAUUGAUAUUGAUAAGUUUUACCAAAAUCGGAAAGGAUUUCCUCAUGAAUCUGAUAUCACUUUAAGGGUAUCAGGGAUACAGGUUUCAUUAUCAGUUUUUUACAACAAAUGAACUAAACAAUAGAAAUUUCCGCCUGUUGUCAGGAGGCUACAGGCUUGAGUAUCAUUGAAAUAAAGUGAGCGAGAAAACACCUAAAAUAAAAAAACUUUCACGUCGAAGGAUUCCAAAGGUGGAAUCAUUAGUAGGAUAAUCUAAGUCAAUAGAUUAAAUUGUUAGAGGGCUGAUCUGAGUCUAUGAACCUUGGUCAAGAAAGCUGUUCCUUCUUAUUUCUGUUUUUAAUUACCUCGCUUACUUUACCUACUUAUCCCUCUACUAUGUAUACUCCCAGUUGUUAUUGUUUUGCUAUCGUUGUAAAGCUGCAAAGUAUGACAGUAUCAUAAGCCACUAAGUGUAUUGUUAAUUCUGUACAGUUUGAAUAGAUUUUGUACAAAAUCCUUUUGUAUAGAGUGCGUGCCAAGAUUUAAUAAAUUAUUUUAUAAAAUUUA